GAUCGCUCUUCUGGAGUAUUACCCACGCAGUGUUACGCAAAAUAUCGAAAAAGACGACCUUUGUCCUCAACCGCAAGAUUUGUCGGUUCGGAGGCCGAUAGCUCGUCAAGCUAUGAGCAAGGCAGACGAAAGGGGAGAACUAAAUAGUCGAUUGCACGAAGAUCAGCCUCUGUCCACUGUCACUGAACUCCCUGGAUCAAGUCCGCUCACGCAGGCGGCCAAGAGACGUGCAGAAGCGCAGAAGAAUAGAAACUCUGAUGUCCUGCGACGACAAAACAUGGUGAAGAAGGAAGAAGUCAUUGUAGACGAGACGACGGUCAAGAGAAGGCGGAAAAGUGCAAAGAACAACGACCAAAAUGACGACGACCAUGACACCAAGCCAGUAUUGCUCCCUCAGAAGAAACGAGCGUUUGUGUCCUCCUCACCCAGUCAGAGCCCAGCGAAGAAAUCCUCAAAGUCAAACAAUAAUUCUGGAGAAGGAAAUGUUGACAAUGAGACACUGAUAAGAGAAACUGAGGCUGACCUGAAGAGCCUCUCAGGUAGUUGGCCAGGUCCUCGGUUGGCGUUUUACAACAGAGGUAUCGCUGAUGCUGAGGAGCCAGGAUUUGAAAAUCUCUUUGAUGAGAAGAAAAACAACAUCGCAAAUGGCACCUCGUCUACAUCAUCAUCCAACAACGGAGACAACUCUUCCUGCUCGUUGAAAGACGUCAUAACCUUGAGGGAACAAGACGCGAAGGCAACAAAAAACGACGUUCACUCAACCAACGGACCACCUGGGAAAAGUGAGCAUGUCAAGUCUUCUCAGAGCAACAAAACGCCAACGAACUCUCAAAGAGAAGGCAAGGAACUACCUAAAACUGUGCAAGAAAGAAACUAUUUAGAGAGUCUGAUAAAAAUCGAAAAUGAGUGUGACUCGAUACAGUCACAAGCCAAAACAAAGCCAAAGAAUGACGAUUCUAAGUCAAACGACAGGUACUCAAACGGCCAGAGGUACGAGCCUGACUUUAAUGAAUUAGUGGACGACUCUUCAAACGACCUUGAAAUUGACAUGGAAGUUGACGAGCGGUCUGGAAAAGGUGAGAAGAAAAAGAGAGACGACAAAGGAGACAAAACCAAAAAUUUGGGAAACCAUUAUACAUCUCAGAAGUCUGAAAAGGGAAAGAACUCUACUCCAGUGGUGUUUACAGCACCUAACUUUCGUGAUGGUAAGGAACCGAAGAUUGCAACGUCUUUGGACCCAAUAGGACCGUUCCCAGCGGGAGCGACAUUCGUAGGUUAUCCACCAGCGGCUGCAGCACCUCCCCCUCGUCCUGAGGAGAAACCCUCGACUGUUCAUCUACUUCCACUCAAACCAACCCCGGCCAAGGUGGAAGCUGAAGAGACUGCUGCUGUGACGUCUAGCAAGGUGUCCGCGUCUUCCCCUGACUCCAAGCAGUACACAAUCCUGCAGCCCGCGGGUGCCGGCUCCAGGGCCGCUUCCGCCAUACAAGACGCUGCUGGGGUGCCUGCCGUCAGUAGCACAUCCUCUGCAGACAAGGACGGCAGCCGCAGUGGCAGCAAUCUCUCACCUAUUGGCAAAGAUGGAACCAAAUGUCCCACACCUGGAUGUCUAGGAGAAGGCCAUGUGACUGGACUUUACCCUCACCACAGGAGCCUCUCAGGAUGUCCCAGGAAGGACAAAGUCACACCAGAGAUCGCAACCACAUGUGCAGCGGAUUUCAAGCCACAGCCCUCGUUGUUCACGAGCCCUGCAGCACCUGGGGAGAUGAAGCCUCACUACCCUGUUCCCUCCUAUCCAUCACAUGCUCCUUCUCCUUACUUCUCAACUGCUAAACCAACUAUCAAACCCACCAAGAUCGUAAAGAAAGAGGAACCUGACAACAGCUCUUUUACGGUUGUACCAAAAUCAGAAUCUUCCAAUACCAAUAACAAUAACAAUUGUGCUGUGCCCACCAAAACAGAAAUGAUAGUAAAGCCAGAGAUUCCAUCAGGCAACACCUGUAGGUCUAGCAGCCCACCACCACCUCCUCAAGGGUGGGGUAACUCUUACGACUACAUGAACCAUGAUUCCAAUUCUUCCUCUGUAUCAAGUAUGGACGUAAUGAGCCAUUAUCAUCAGAUACCUCCUCAUAUGCCAGUAGCUCCUACACCUGUCUCUCAUCAUAUACCUGCCCCACCAGCUUACGUUGCCAAAAACCUUGAAGAAUCUCGAUCUUCAGUUCAGCACCGUUCUCCUUAUGAAUCCCCCUCAAUAAGUUCUUCUGAAGACGUUUACAGAGACAAUCCUACUCGCACUUAUCCAAUAACUAACACCACUACAAUAAACCGUCCGGUUCCCUCCUACUCAACAGAGGUUACUGCUCACACUUACGAAGUAGCAGGACACAGACCGUACGACCCUGGUAGUACCACCAACUACGAACGUUACGAUGCCACUCCCCAGCCCUGCCCUCCCACCCCCCGCUACCCCGAAUACCAGGAGCAUGAGAUGAGAGCCUAUGACCAACAGCACCACCAGAUGUCUGGGAUAAUGAAGCCUGAACAUCCUUCCGAGAGCGAGUCGUCUGAAGGCCCUCUGUAUCCCAGGCCCAUGUACCAUUAUGAUCCAGCGACCGGGCCAGUUCCAGCAGGAUUUUCUCCAGCUGCUAUUAACCUAUCAGUUAAGUGUGUAGCUGGGAUGAAGCCUGGAGAACCGAGGUCUCCUGGGGCAGCUUCUGUGAUGGACCUUUCUACUUCCAAUGUUACAUCAACCAGUCCUCAGGCUCCUUAUGGCUCCAGCCCAGGACAGUACCCCAGGGGUAGCCCGAAUGCCACCAAUAGUCCACACCCUAACAGCAGUCCUCAAGCUACAAGUCCUCAGCAACAAACACUGGACCUUAGUGUUACAAGGGUUCCUGGACGUCCGGUUUUCCCAGGAGGUCCUGCAGGAUACAGUCGGGAGUCUACUCCAGACACGGGAGGAACUCAUUACAUCGACUCUUACCGGGAUGUCAAUGGUUACACGGGGAUGAGCCCCCAUCCAGGUUAUGCUAUGUCUGGAUCUGAGUAUCCAGCAAACAGCUACACUCCUUACCCACCCUCUGCCUACUCCUGUGGAUAUCCUGCAGGAAGCUAUCCCCCAGGACCCGGAUACUCCCCAGCCGCCUGCUAUCCCAUGGGACCUCCGCAGCAUGAUAAACUUCCUCCAUCAUCAAAGAAUGAUAGUUUGUCUGGGUGUCCCCGGGCUGACAGGACGCAGAUCCAUCCCCACUCUCAAGAGCUUAAGUGUCCCACGCCCGGCUGUGACGGGUCAGGACAUGUUACAGGCAACUACUCUUCUCACCGCAGCCUCUCGGGUUGUCCUCGGGCCAACAAGCCCAAGAGCAAACCUAGAGAUGGUCAAGACUCUGAGCCUUUACGAUGCCCCAUUCCUGGAUGCGACGGGUCUGGUCAUGCCACUGGCAAAUUUCUGUCACAUCGGAGUGCCUCGGGCUGUCCGAUAGCAAAUCGCAACAAGAUGAGAGUGUUGGAGAGUGGGGGGACUGUUGAGCAGCACAAGGCGGCGUUGGCAGCGGUCACAGCUGCAGCAAAACUGGACGGCAUCAACUGUCCCACACCCGGCUGUGAUGGCGGCGGACACAUCAACGGAUCGUUCCUCACACAUCGCUCCCUCGGUGGCUGUCCCACGGCUACCAACCCACUGUCCGUCCCGCCUAAGAAACCCCAGUACAAGUACAGCAGCGACGACAUGUACUCCAAACCACCAAAUCAUUUAGAAGGCAGUGGGGGUGGAGAAGACUUGUAUACACUUGAAGCUGAAAUCACUGAACUACAAAGAGAGAAUGCCAGAGUGGAAUCUCAAAUGCUCCGAUUAAAAACAGAUAUAAGUGCAAUGGAAGCACAUUUAAGACAAGGAGACAAGGAAACACAACAGAUCACACAACGAAACAACAACCUCAACGAGUAUUAUGAGAGUUUGCGGAAUAACGUGAUCACCCUGUUGGAACAUGUUAGGAUACCAAACGGUUCUACUGGAGGUCCUCCGGAGAAAAUGACGCAUGACAACUUUGACAGCUACUUGAGUAGACUACAAACAUUGUGUGGUAGUGGAGUGGAGGGGUCGGCGUACUGUGAUGAAAACAACCGACCUAUCUACGAAACAGUGAAAUCUGCAUUGCAAGACUUUACUGUGCUACCGACACCCAUUUGAGCUUCCUCCUGGCAAUCCUCCCGCCCUGUGUAAAGCGUUGAAUGUACAUCUGUAUCAUAGUUUUAUACUUGAUAGACUGUAUAUUGUAGUGAUCAUUGUACGUCUAGGUAUUGUAUGUAUGUAAGCUGAAUUUGUAAAUUGGAUCUGGAUUCUGUUCCCAUUUAAGGUACCAUAUGUAGUUUUUGUUACUUUACUGUCAAUAGUGUAUAGAAUAUUGUUAUGUUUAUGUUUGUUGUUAUGCAGUGAAUAUUCUGGCUUAAUGAAGUUUCAUUCGUGAAAGAAGUUAGAAUCAUUAAACAGUGUUGGCAAUAUUUUAUUGUUUAGAUUUAGUCUCUUUAUAACCUUUUUUUAGUGUACAUUUUUGCAGGUUUUCUUUAAGCAAUUUUGUUGAUCAGGAAUAGUAUUGUAAUCUAUGAUUUGUGAAUCAGGGAAUAUUACUGUAUUUGAUGGUAUAUUUAUAAUACUAUGCAGUGCUGGAUUUACCACUGCCGCGGCCUAGGGCCGUAAGCAUAAGGAAGCCGCAGAGGAUUGACAAAAAACAUUUUUCAGAACAAAUUUUAACUUUUUUAAACCAUCAGUUUGCCGGGAUUGCAGAUGACGACAAUAAUGUCGCCGUGAUUGCGGCCUGCGGGAGAUACUCAUGAUUUUGCCGUAGUCGCGAGUGUCGAAGAUUAUCUCCCCGUAGUUGCGCCCGUUCCCACAGGGUAAAUUCUUAUUUGAUGUUCACAAUUUUGCCGCAGUUAAGUUUUGAUCAUGUCCCAAGGGUUGCCCAUCUCCCAUCUCUAAAGCUCAUGUCGCAGAAUCCCCCCCCCCCCCAAAUUUGUUGUUUAACCCAUGCCGGGAGGUCUGGUGCAUGGUGACUAAACCAUAGUUAAAAUAGGAAAGAAGUGUCCUCGACACUUCUUUAAAUUACAUUGCAAAUUUAUGGGAACAAGCUGUUGGCCCGUCCUAUGUACGGGAAUCGAGUAGUCCAUUAAAACUGUGUAUAGUUAUAUCAUUAUUUCUAUUGACGGAAUUGGGAAUCCUUUAAUUAUAUAAAACAUGUUAUUCUAUAAUAAAAGGGGUUAGGAGGCUGGUGGGAUUUUUCAGUCGUGUUAAGCAUAGGAUGCAACCGCUUGAGAAACAUAUUGAGUAGGACUCUAGUAGCAAACCAUUUGUUAGGUUAAUUUUACUUUAACCAAAUUGGAUU